UCCUGUGACAAUCUCCUCCUUUCGCCCUGAGCUCAUUAGCCGCUGUCCCUCUGCAUUUUCCGUGAGCUCAGAGGGCUCACAUUAACAUCCGGGAAGCAGAGAAGGCCUGGUUGCAACCUGCGUUAACCUUUCCCCAGUGCGGACCCCUCCUCCUGCCCCUCUGAUCCCCUUUCCCUGCCUUGUCAUGUAUGGGCAACCUUCCUCAGGAUGGUCCUCUCCACCCCAUUAUCCCCAGCAAGAGAGGAAAGAUGAACCUUGGACACUAGAAGAGGAGAGGCAACGAAUGCCUGCAGGGAAAGAAAUGACCGAAAUGAUGGGAGGCUACGAGGGUCCCCAUGGCCCUCCGGAGGUGUGCGCCACAUGCCAGAUACCAGCGUCAAAUCCGAAUUCGGAUGCAAGGGAAGAAGGAGGUUCGAAUGUGGACCAGGAAAUGCAAUGGGUCUCAACCAGGAUGGAGAGCCCUCUGCACGCGCUUCCUCUAAACAUCCAGCCAUUUCCCACACCAGCACAGGGCCAAAGCCAGGGGCCGUAUCCCUUUGGCAGCCCUUCCUUGGGGCUGUGUGAGGAGUUUCCCAGUGAGGAGAUGCCGACAGUCCCCAACGAAUCAUCCUGUGAGGACAUGUGUGUCCGAGAUUCUGCUGAGAGACACUGUGGGUUGCCCUAUGAAUCGCAGCAGUGUGAGAAUACCUGCAAGAUGCUGCCGGAGAGGCCUCUCUACGAGAACCAGUAUGGUGAGCCGUGGCCCGGGAAAGCUCGCUUGCCCUCCAUCGUGGUGGAACCCAGCGAAAGGGAAGAGGUAGAAAGCGGGGAGCUUCGGUGGCCCCCUGAAAACUUCUUGUUCCUGGACGAGGAGGAACAGAACGAACUCUUCAACAGAGAGGAGGAAUCCCUGGAAACAGGGCUGUCCUCUUUCGACAGUGAUGUGGAGGAAGUGCUUUUGUGACACUACUUGAUAAUAAGCAGGCAGAGAGACUGGGUGUGAAAUGCAUGCACAAUGCAACUUAUACCAGAACUGUAGCAAUUUAAACCAGAAUUGGGUCUCUUGGGCAUCGGGUGGUAAAUGGACAUCAUAGCAGACUGGGAAACUUUCUGUUUGUUUUUCUUUUUCAUAUGUGGUAAGUAACAGCCCAAAAGGAAAUAAAAAGCUACAAAAACACAUACAGAGGGACACACCAAGAAAGGAAA